AUGGCUACACCACUUUCAGGAAGUCCUGAAGCUCUGAUUAUCGACAAGCUUCGAAGCGAGCACCUCGAUAGAGCCGAAGCGUUCUACCUCAAUGCUAAGAACAUGAACGAUCCAAUGACUGGGCUGGAAGACCAGGACUUUUGGUCUGUCCAAGCGCUACUCCUCAUGUCCUAUUACAUGUUGGCCAAGACCAAGCGAAACACUGCUUUUGCAUUGCUUGGCAUGGCAGUACGAUCUGCGCUUGCGCUCGGUCUACACAGAGAAGAGACUAUGGUCAUCUUCAGUCCCGAAGAGCAAACUCAGCGGAAAGACCUUUGGCGGUCGAUCUUUGUCAUGGAUCGAUUGCUGUCCUGCUCUCUGGGUCGCCCAACCGCUAUAUCGGAGGAUGACUGCUCAGGAGACACCCUGCGGCCGCCAGACUGUGUUCGCGACCAGAACUGGAGCUUCAGUGCAAAGACUGUAUACGAUUUCAACGAGACUGGUCCUCAAGCUUUAGAGGCCACCGUCCGGAGCUGUAGAGUGAUUGGCGUCAUCUUACGGAAGGUUUACCAGCAACGCAAGAUUAGCACACGCCUUGCACAGGAGAUAUCAGACAUAUGCAAGACUUGGCCGCGACUGCUGACACCCAUCUUGCAAUGGCGACAAGCGGCGACUGCUUCGCCCAGUCAAGGUGUGGCUAUCUUGCAUACCAACUUGUUUUACUGUCAUUCCAUCAUCCUCCUGACCCGACCCUUCUUACUAUAUAUACUCAACAAGGAGACUCAAAGACACGUCGAACAGUCUAGUUCAAGAGGGCCAAGACCCUUUCAUCGUAUGGAGAGGUUCAGCGAAGCGUGUGUCAUUGCCUCUGUACACACCAUUUUGCUAGUACAAAACGCUUACGAAGCUGGUUACCUAUCCCGGCGCAACCCAGCUGUCAUCUAUUUCCUUUUCGCAGCCACACUCGUGAUCCUCGCGAGCGAUUUUGCCGGUCUUUACCAAAUCGAGUUGACGGACAAUUGCGUGGUUAAUGCUAUAAACGUCAUGAACUACUGCGCUGAGAGCGAUCAACAGGCCAGCCGUCUUGUUUAUAUCCUCAGUACUUUUCGAGACGUCGUCGCACAGCAGCGACUACGUAGGCGACAGGAUCAGACAAGCAAUUCGACGUUGCCCAGCAUUGCAUCACAACUCUACGGGGUGCAGAUGCCGCAGCAACAACGGAACGCCGACCCCCAGACGACGGACAUGGUGCAUACGACGAACCCAGUGGAGGCAACACCACGGCUCCAUCAAGUCCCAGUACACAUCUACCCUGGGAUGCAAACAGCGCCGCUCAACGAGCCGAUACUCACGUACCAAGUAUCUGAGCAACAUCAUCAUCUUGACCAAGAUCAACAUCAAACCAACGUCCAGCAUACACCCGCUGCCGCAGGAGAAGAUUUUAGGGUUCAUCUAUCACCAAUCCAGGAACCACCACCAAUGGAUAUGGCCACACCUCCCUUCACAUCUACUUCGAAGCCACCUUCGCUAUCAGCAAUGCUUGAUCUCUCUGCUCUGGAAGCAACACGCGUCCCAAGUUUGAAUUCCGAAGAGAGUGGGCAGGAUGAGCAGAUUGACUUCGAUGCGCUGUGGGCUUGGCCUAGUAAUACACCUGCAAUGGGAAGUCCAAGGGCUAUGGAGGCAAGUGGAGUGAGUGAGCGCGUACAGGGUAUUAGUGAUAGUGCUGUACCCAUGUUUGGAGUUAGCAGAGAGGGGACCGAUGGCAUUUAA